AUGGAAUCCCCAAGCAAGCGCCCACGAUUCGGCCCCGCGCCCUUCGAAACAACCGAGCGCAUCCCCAUAAACAGCCCCCAUUCUCACCACCAUUCUUACCACCCCCACAACCACAACCCCUUUCCCACCAGCAGCCACCCAACCGACGACCUCUCCUCCGACGACCCAGAAGCCGACGAACUCACCGAGCGCCCGGAAACCAUCAACGCCCGGCGCGACCCCAACGCCAAACUCGAACGGUCGCGCGCACGCGCCGCUUUUAAGCUGAAAUCGGCGUUUGAGCGCAUCUUUGAUAAGUACGGGCGGGAUUUCACCGGCGUGGGGGAUGAGAUUGAUUUGAGGACAGGGGAGAUUGUGGUGGAUAAUGGGCAUUUAGAGGGGAUGAGGGUGGGAAGGGGGGAGUUGGGGGGUUCUGUGGACGAGGAUGAGGGGGAGGUUGAGGGGGGGAGUGAUGGGGGGAGUGAAGGGGGGGAUGAUGCUGUGAUGCCUUCGUCGCCGUCUGCUUAUAUCAGGGCUGCUCCCCCGCUGGGAGUUGGGGGAAGUGGGUUUGGUCAUUGGGGGCCGGGGCCGGGGCCAAUGCCGGGGGGACCACCACCGCUGGGAUAUCAGAGCAUGAUGUACCACCCGGACUACACCGUACCUGGCGAUGGACCGAUGCAGUACGGCACGCCAGCUCCCGCACCCGCGACGGACCCUGCCUGGCUCACCCCAGAGCUUCCUUUGUUGCCAGCUAGGAAUACGCAGACAUCCGGGGCCCGGUCCAGCACGGCCAGAAAAAAGACUGCGCGCCUCUCUCUGAGCGUCGCUGGGGCUGGAGAUGGAACUGAAGAAGAGGACGACAUGUUUCUGGACCUGGACCCGUCGUCUGUUGGUGGUGAUAAGGAGAAUGGGAAUGGGAUGGCUGUGAAGAAGCAGCUUCUUUUGCCGCGCCCCCCUCCGGAAAAGCAACCGCUCCCGGGGAAGCGGCCCCGUGGGAGGCCCCGUAAGCGGCCUCUGGGGCAGGAUAAAGGCGUUUUGAAGCCUGGGGGAGUCAAGAAGACUGCUGCUAUAACAACGCCACCCAAACCGAAAACAUCCGCUGCGCCAACCAGUGCUAGCGUUAAGCAGAAUAAAACCGGACGGCAGAGCACCCCAACAAAUACCCAAAACUCCACCAGCCCGCCAUCUAAGGACACCGCCGCGCUCGAGCGCGGCCGAAGAAGCCCCAGCUUAUACCUGAGUGUCUCGGACGGAGAGCAGAAACACGCCGAGAAGCCACGGAACCAGACACUUUGUGUCGAAAUAGCAGCUGGGAAGCUGCCUGAUGCUCGCGCAUUUCGACUCUUGACGCCCGAGUUGAGUGAGCAGGACUCACAGCCCUGUCUCGAAGCUGACGUGACAAGAGCAGAAUCGGAAGAAGCACUGGAGAGCGGGCAACCAGCGACUGCGGCCAUCCUGACCGCUAACGACCGGGCCGCGUCUGUUGGAACGGGGUACCGAGAUGCUGCGGGCGAGGUCUUCUCUCGCAAUUUCGUUGACCCGGCCUAUGCCUUCUCGGAUGACGAGGAGCCGGCGGUGUCACGUUUGUCGGCCCGUAAGCCAAAGAAAAACGACACGCCGAAACGCGUAGCAAAGGCUGUGGCUGCCGUAUUGUCUCUAGCGCUAGCGGAGCCCUCUUCUGGACGAGCAGCUUCUCCAACCUUGAGUGUCGGGCUGGAUACCGGCGCGGUAGAUACGGCGAACGACUUACCAGAGCCCCCCGAGCAUCAACAGGCGUCUACGCAGAAACAAACGAGUAAAUCUCAACCACAGGAAACGCCGGCGAGACAAUCUCUAGAACCUCGCACAACAAGUUCGGGGUUUCUCCGGCAGCCACAGAAGAACGAGAUACCCGAAACGUCGCCCAACGUCCAGCUCACCGUCACACCAUCCGUCUCAACUCAUCAACCGCGUUUAUACCCGGAGAUCCAAGCCUCCGACCCUCCAUUACCGGAGGACCAAGAUGCUGCUCAACCCAACAGCCGCGUCAGGGAACCGUCACCCACGCUAACAGAUCCGAACUCACGCCCUGAACCGUCUCCAUCUCUAACCCAACAAACACAACCACAGCCGCCCACACCAAACCCUCACACACCAGUCAAAACCCCCACCCGCGGACGCCCCAAAGGUAGUCGCACAACCUCCACAGCACAAACUAAAACCAACCCAAAACCAACAACAGCCCCUUCCACCACCACCAAAACGACCACGGCCAAAAAACGCAAAUCCGGCAUCUUGUCCCUCCUUAAAACCACCAACACCACCACCGACGGUCUCAACCCCGAUGACGACACAGACGACGACGACCUCUCCUUCCUGACCCCCGCCAAACCUAUCCCCACAACCACCGUCCGGUCCACACCCGCCCAGCACCAUGUCCGUCUCGGGUUGUAUACGGGUCCACGGUCUGGGGCGGGGGGUCUUUUUGGGUCGCCGUCUGGGUCGGCAACAUCGGUAGCCACGACGACAAAGAGACGGAGGAAAUCCGGCGGCGUAUCUGCCUCGGGUGGAUCCGCACUGGGGAAGAAAGCCUCAGUGAGGAAGAACGGUCUAGCUGACGGUGGCCUAUCCACCGGCACACCACAAACGCCACCGUCAAGGAUUAGACACUGGCCGGCGCAUUUGCGCGAGGCUGGGCCGGGGCCUGUCCGUGCGCCCGGCGGUGAUGGUGGUGGAGACGGAGACGGGGAUCUAGUCCAGACGCCUGGGGGUACGAUGAGGCGGUGUGGGGAGGGCGGGUUUAGAUGUGAGAGGGAGUUUUGUUUUAGUUGUUUGUGA